GUCAUUUUAUUGUUGUUUGGAGUAAUUUUGAAGCAAAACAUGAAUUUAACCGAAAAAAUUGACCGAUAUAAAAUUUUUUCGGACCUCCCCGAAAAAUACAAAAUUUCGAAAAUUUCAGCGAAAUUUCGCCGAAAAAGAAAACUCUGACCGAGCCUCUAUCUAUAUAUAGUAGCCUUGCCGAUACAUAUUGCAGCUCGUCGAGAAAGGGGAACUAAGCUAGCCGUUGAGUGGACACAGCGUGCGGCAGAGCAAGUGAGCGGCAGCGACCAUGGCUGGCGAGCAGCUCAAAGUUCUGACGGCGCUGGACCAGGCGAAGACGCAGUGGUACCAUUUCAUGGCCAUCGUGAUCGCCGGCAUGGGCUUCUUCACGGACGCCUACGACCUCUUCUGCAUCUCCCUCGUCUCCAAGCUGCUGGGCCGCAUCUACUACACGGAGCCCAACACCCCCAGCCCCGGCACCCUGCCGCCCAACGUGUCCGCGGCCGUGAACGGCGUCGCGCUCUGCGGCACGCUCGCCGGCCAGCUCUUCUUCGGCUGGCUCGGCGACAAGCUCGGCCGGAAAAGCGUCUACGGCUUCACGCUCAUCCUCAUGGUGCUCUGCUCCGUCGCGUCGGGCCUCUCGUUCGGCCAAACCCCCAAGGGCGUCAUCGCCACGCUCUGCUUCUUCCGCUUCUGGCUCGGGUUCGGCAUCGGCGGCGACUACCCGCUGUCGGCCACCAUCAUGUCCGAGUACGCCAACAAGAAGACCCGCGGCGCCUUCAUCGCCGCCGUGUUCGCCAUGCAGGGCUUCGGCAUCCUCUUCGGCGCCAUCGUCGCGCUCGUCGUGUCCAGCGGCUUCCGGAACUCGUACCCGGCGCCGUCGUACCAGGACAACCCCGCGGCGUCGCUCGUCCCCGAGGCCGACUACGUGUGGCGGAUCAUCCUCAUGUUCGGCACCAUCCCGGCGGCGCUCACCUACUACUGGCGCAUGAAGAUGCCGGAGACGGCGCGGUACACGGCGCUCAUCGCGCGCAACGCCAAGCAGGCCGCGGCGGACAUGUCCAAGGUGCUCAACUCGGAGAUCGAGGAGGACCUGGACCGCGCCGGCGAGCGCAAGGCCAGCAACGAGUGGGGGCUCUUCUCGGCGCAGUUCGUGCGCCGGCACGGGCUCCACCUGCUGGGCACCACCACCACGUGGUUCCUCCUGGACAUUGCCUUCUACAGCCAGAACCUGUUCCAGAAGGACAUCUUCUCCAAGGUCGGGUGGAUCCCGCCGGCCAAGACCAUGAACGCCGUCGAGGAGGUGUUCCGCAUCGCGCGCGCGCAGGCGCUCAUCGCGCUCUGCGGCACCAUCCCGGGCUACUGGUUCACCGUCUUCUUCAUAGACAUCAUCGGCCGCUUCGCCAUCCAGCUCAUGGGGUUCUUCAUGAUGACCGUCUUCAUGAUCGGCCUCGCCGCGCCGUACCACCACUGGACCACCGCCGGCCACCACACCGGCUUCGUCGUCAUGUACGGCUUCACCUUCUUCUUCGCAAACUUCGGGCCCAACAGCACCACCUUCAUCGUGCCGGCUGAGAUCUUCCCGGCGCGGCUGCGGUCCACCUGCCACGGCAUAUCGGCCGCGGCUGGCAAGGCCGGUGCCAUCAUCGGCGCGUUCGGGUUCCUGUACGCUGCGCAGGACCCGCACACGCCGGAGGCCGGCUACUCGCCCGGCAUCGGCAUCCGCAACGCGCUCUUCGUGCUAGCCGGCACCAACUUCCUUGGGAUGAUCAUGACGCUGCUGGUGCCGGAGUCCAAGGGAUUGUCACUUGAAGAGAUAUCCAAGGAGAACGUUGACGACGACGAGGCGGCCGCUUGAUCUCCAUGUAUGCGACCUUUUCUGAUUUGCAAAUGAUACACCGUUGCACAUACCUAGCUGUUUUAUGCAUGACAUUCUAUUUGUGAGCUUGUGACAUGGUACUGGUAAUGCUACAUGUAUAUUUGGUAUGGUUUUCAAUGGUAGGUGACAUGCCCAUCGACUUCGUCAAUCUCAAAAUUUAUCGGUCCAACUUGGUUAUUCAGAAGUGUUCAUAGGGAUAAGAUGUGCGUACGUGCAUUUAUAGGAAUGAGUGUACGCUUGUGUUUGUGCGUCUACGUCUGUAACUAGAUCUUACAAAAAAAAAAUUAGAGUGAAACAACAAACCACCUGUACAAGUGACUAAGCUGUAGCAAGAUUUUUAUUAAACCCAUCUUCGCACUGUUAUAAAAAAAAGGUUAGGGAAUUUGGUGUUUCUGCGCCUACUCUGUAUUUCAAA